AAAAACCGUCGCACAGAAUGCCUCGGGGGACCCGCACAAGAAACUCACUGACUUUUGGCGGGGAAAGAUGCGGACCUCAAAGCGGUGAUGCAGAAACCAAACCACCAAACUUCAACCCACUGGCUAGCUACUAAGCACACAACCAUCUUGAACUACAUACCACAAACAUACUCAAGAGAUACUCAGCACCUGCACACCCCAUAAUAAUACUAUCUCAUCUCUAGAUUUGAAAAGAAAGAAAAAGAAAGAUGACAACAGAAAUCAAAGAACUCUCCCUCCCCCUCCCUUACACCCCCCACACGACCGCCCACAUCCACCUCACACGACACCAAACCUGCAGCACAGUAUUCCUGACCUCGUCGACGCCGGGUGAUGCUGCAGGGAGUAUCAAGCCGAUGGGGAGUUUUGUUUAUGCGAUGCCGGACAGAAUGAAUUCCAAAAACGUGCUAUCAACAACCAUCUACUCCUCCCCGGGAAGUGUAGAAUACACAGCCCGAAUUGCGAAAAUUCUCGCAAGGAGAAUGCAAACGCCUGUUUAUGUGGGCGGGAGUAUUGAGCCUGCCACAAUGGGGGUGAUGGCUGAGGAGGAGAUUGAGGGGGUGAAGAGGAUUGUGGAGGUUGUUGUUCGGGGGUGGGAGGGGAUGAAGAUAUGAAUUUAUCAUGUUUUGUGUUUAUUUUGUUAGGUUGGAGGGUUCUUAUGGUGGUGGUGGUAAGUAGGUAGUAGUAGUAUUGGAAGGAAAUGGAUGAUGGAUGGAUGAUGGAUGGCAUUGGGGGAGUUGGGUGUUCCUCUAUUGAUUCUCUCUGCCUGUUGGUUUCUUGUCCUAGUUCUGAGUGAUUGUUUGUAUUUGAUUAUCAAUAUAUUCAUAAUAUAAUACUCAUG